AUGGAGGAUGAGGAUGGAUACACCAUUUUAAAUUUUCGUUCUAGAAAUCCAGCCUUCACCCAUGAACCUUCAGGAACAAACAAAGGUAUCACACCGCCUAAAGCUCCUGAUGUUCCCAGUGAAUCCAUCCCUUUGCCUUCCAAAUGGCGAUGCACAGCACUGAUUUUGGGGAUCCUCUGCCUGACGCUGCUGGUAACAGCAGGGAUCUUGGGUAUCCAGGUGACUCAGGCAUCACAUUUAGCAAGUGCAUCACUGAAAAAUCUCUCACAGCAGCUAGAAUUACUCCAAGCCAAAAAUGCAAACCUCUCAGAGAUUCUCCAGCAGCUGACACGUGACAGAGGCCACAAAUGCAACCUUUGCCCAGAGAAUUGGUUCUGGUAUGGACAAGUCUGUUACCACCUGUCUACUGAAUGGAAAACAUGGCAAGGAAGUAAAGAUUAUUGUUCUUCUCAUGAUUCCAGACUUCUUAAAAUAGAAAACAAGGAAGAACUGGAUUUCAUAGUAUCAUUGUCAUGUCGCUUGUGGAUUGGAUUAUCCCGUAAUGCAGUGAACAGGACCUGGGUGUGGGAGGAUGGUGCAGCACUUCCCACUGACUUGUUUCAAGUCAGUGAAAUUUACUAUGAAGGGGACUGUGUGAUUUUGGAAGAUGGCAAAGCCCAAUCCUAUGGAUGCAUAUAUCAUAAUCGUUGUGUUUUUCAAGUGACUGAGGAAUCUUAA